AUGGGGGGCUGUGGAUUCUUGUCGAUGCUAUGUUGCAAAAAGGGAGGAUACAGUUCACUUACUAAGACGGUCCGAACGGACAUGUUUUCCACGUUCUCAGCCGACAUGAAUUCCUACGCUCAAGCGUGUGAAGAAGACGCCGACCUCAAAGUCUUUGAUUCGUCCCUUCAGAAGCGAACCAACGAAGUCAUAAGUUUGCUCGGUGCUGGGACGGCUGAGAAUGAGUAUUUGUCCUUAGACAAAUUCGUAAAUGCGUUGACAUUUGUUCUUAAGACGAAUGAAGAUGUGCUAAGUGUCCUUAUACAAAGCAAAGAUGAUUUGUCGAAGAACAAAGAUCUAAGCAAUUUGGUUGAUCUCUACUUCAAAAGUACGGCCAAGACCUUAGAUUUAUGCAAUUCCGUGGCGAAAUGCGUAACAAGUGCAUGUAAAGGCCAGCUGAUCAUUCGGUAUGCAGUGGAGCAGUUUGAGAAAGAGUCGUUAAAAGCACAUGGCGCGAGACUUGGAAAGAAGACGAGGUAUGCUAAAACGUUGGAGGAGCUGAACAAGUUCAAGGCAAUGGGAGACCCUUUUGGUAGGGAUUGCUUUAAGCCAUUGGUGGAUCUGUACGAAGAUCAAGUUUCGUAUCUGGAGGUGUUAGGUAAGAUGAGGAAAAAGCUUGGUAAGAAGCAGAAGAAGUCCAAGGCAUUGAGGAUAUUGUCAAAUGUGGUUUUCGCGACUGCAUUUGCAUCUGUUCUGGUCUUGUCAGUGGUUGCAGCAGCAACUGGCGCACCACCGGUUGUGGCUGCAGUGGUGGCUGCGUUGGCGCCUCCGAUCGGUUAUGUCGGGAAAUGGUUUAACAAGUUGUGGAAGGAGUACGAGGAAGCUAUUAAGAGACAGAGAGGUUUGGUUUUGUCGUUGGAGAGCUCCACGGAUAUCAACAUUAAAGCGAUGGAGACGAUAAACAAACAAGUUGAUAAAUUGAGGAUCAUGAUAGAGUCGAUUCAUGAGAAUGUGGGUUUUGCACUGGGGAGAAAACGGGAGGAGGCUACAAGACUUGUGAUGCAAGAAAUCAAGAACGGGGUCGACGAGUUCAGUGGGAAAAUCAGAGAAGUUGGUGAAACCACAGCCAGGUGUAGCAAAUGCAUUGCUAAAGGGAGAGUGACCGUUCUUCAAUAUAUCAGCAGCUAG